AGUCAGGUGGGUGUCGGAUUUUAGAGGAAGGCGCUCCGUUACAUUGGAGAACUGGAGUGGUCCGGCUUUCCACGGUGUGGUGGGCCAGAGGCCACCUCUCCUGGGCUUCUCAGUGUCUCGCCGGCGGGGUUCGGCCCGAGCUGGAUAGACAUAGCCUUUGGCGGAUUUAAACAACCUAAACAUUAAGCAAUACAGCUGCUUCAAAUCUUUGGGAUUUUCAGAAUGACUGACACUGCUGAAGCUGUUCCAAAUUUUGAAGAGAUGUUUGCUAGUAGAUUCACAGAAAAUGACAAGGAGUAUCAGGAAUACCUGAAACGCCCUCCUGAGUCUCCUCCAAUUGUUGAGGAAUGGAAUAGCAGAGCUGGUGGGAACCAAAGAAACAGAGGCAAUCGGUUGCAAGACAACAGACAGUUCAGAGGCAGGGACAACAGAUGGGGGUGGCCAAGUGACAAUCGAUCCAAUCAGUGGCACGGACGAUCCUGGGGUAACAAUUACCCGCAACACAGACAAGAACCUUACUAUCCCCAGCAAUAUGGACAUUAUGGUUACAACCAGCGGCCUCCUUACGGUUACUACUGAUAGAAAUGUUGGCAGAUUUAGUAAAAGCAUUUACUCUGUUACCAUGACAAAAGUCUGGGUGUCUUCUGUUGGUCAUAGUUUUACAUCUGAUUUUACAGAAUGGAUUAUUGAUUUUUUGGAAGUUGAGACUUUAAAAAAAAAAAUAGAUCUUACUUGCGAGAUGCGCUGGUUGCUGGGAAUACCUGAAAUUGUGGAUUAUAUUGCUUGACUUCUACCUCAGAAUCUUCUUUGUUUCAUGACUUAAUAGUGCUUUGAGUUUGGUAUAUUAUUUGACCUCUAGGAAUUCUUUGUUUUACACAGAAAUAAAAAUUUUAAAAUAGAAAAUGCUUUUACUUUGUAAGGUAAGAGAGUAUCCAUAUGCUUAGGUGUUCUUGUUUCUAAAAUUCUAGAGGUUGAUAUAAUCAGCUCAUGAAUGCACAGCUAUGCUUUUUGUGAUAGAUUGUACAUAAUAUCAGCAGUUGAAACAUAAAACAAUUGCUUUUUUUUUUUUUGCUUUUGUUAUGUGACUAUGGUACUUUGUGAUUUCUUAAUCUAUAGAUGAGUUAGCUCCACAUUUGAGUCUCUUUUUAGAGGGAAAUCAGUAAUAAAGCUGUAAAAUAAGGAAGGAA